AUGGAAUUAUCUUCAUUUUCAACCAUUUUCUUGCUACUUCUCUUUGCUUUUACUUUAGCAGAAGUGGAAUCAGUAUAUUUUCCAGGAAUUUACCAGUCUUCAUUGAAGAAAAUUGGCAAAACUGUGAAGCCAAAGAUACCUUACAAAGCCCAGUAUUUUCCUCAGGUUUUAGACCACUUCACAUUUCAACCUAAGAGUUACAAAAUAUUCUAUCAGAAGUAUCUGAUAAAUAGCCAGUACUGGCAAAAAGGAGCCCCCAUAUUUGUGUAUACAGGCAAUGAAGGAGAUAUCGAUUGGUUUGCUGCCAAUUCUGGCUUCAUGCUUGAUAUUGCUCCGAAAUUUCAUGCUCUCCUAGUCUUCAUUGAGCAUAGGUUUUAUGGAGAAUCAAUGCCAUUUGGGAAGCAUUCUUACGGGUCUGCAAAGACAUUGGGGUACUUGAAUUCACAGCAAGCACUCGCUGAUUAUGCAGUCUUGAUAAGAAGUUUGAAGCAUAAUUUAUCUUCUGAGGCAUCCCCAGUUGUAGUCUUUGGAGGGUCCUAUGGUGGAAUGCUUGCAGCUUGGUUUAGACUCAAAUACCCCCACAUAGCCAUUGGAGCAUUGGCAUCUUCAGCCCCAAUUUUGCAGUUUGAUGACAUUACUUCAUGGUCUAGCUUCUAUGAUGCAGUUUCCCAGGAUUAUAAGGAUGCAAGCUUAAAUUGCUAUGAGGUGAUAAAGGGUAGUUGGGCUGAGUUGGAUUCUAUAUCAGCAAAAGACGAAGGGUUGGCUGAACUCAGCAAGGAUUUCAGAGCUUGCAAGCAAGUUCAUUCAAUUAAUUCUGCACGUGACUGGAUAUUGGAAGCUUUUGUUUACACAGCAAUGGUGAAUUACCCAACAGCAGCUAAUUUUAUGAUGCCAUUGCCUGCUUAUCCAGUAGAAGAGAUGUGCAAAAUUAUUGAUGGAUCCUCACCACAAACCACAAAGCUCAGCAGGGUUUUUGCAGCUGCAAGCUUAUAUUACAAUUAUUCACAAACAGAAAAAUGCUUCAAGCUAGAAGAUGAAACUGAUGAACAUGGCCUCAGUGGUUGGAACUGGCAGGCAUGUACAGAGAUGGUUAUGCCAAUGGUGGUUUCAAAUGAGAGCAUGUUUCCUCCAUCUUCGUUCAGUUACAAGGAGAAUGCAGAGGGUUGCAUGAAACAAUUUGGAGUCGCGCCACGCCCACACUGGAUCACCACUGAAUUCGGAGGCACAAGGAUUGAACAAGUACUCAAGAGGUUUGGUAGCAACAUCAUUUUCUCCAAUGGAUUGCAAGAUCCAUGGAGCAGAGGCAGUGUGCUGAAGAACAUAUCAAGCAGCAUUGUGGCCUUAGUGACCGAGAAAGGAGCACACCAUACGGAUUUGCGUUCUGCAACUAGAAAAGAUCCGGACUGGCUCGUCAACCAGAGAAAGCAAGAAGUGAAAAUCAUUCAGAAGUGGAUUGCAGAUUACAAUCUUGAUAUGAAGCAAGAAUAG